AUGGAAGCACUAAGCUUUAUGAAAUUCUGGGUAAACCACACCAACGGCAAACCCCGCCGUGAAAUCAGAAUCUCAGAAACCGCCGUCGGAGCUUCCACCGCAUUGGGAGAUCCAGACGCUGAGCUUUGCGAAGGAGAUGAUUCUUUCUUCGAGCUCGAAAUCUCUCUCUCCGAUUUCUCUCUUCACGAGAAAAAAACCUCUGAAGAAAAACAGAGACUCGAAACGACGACGUUCUCUGUCUCUAAAAGCAAAGUCCUCCCUUUCGUCGAAAUUACUUCGAAACCUCAAUCUCCGAUCACUCUCCUAAAAUCCGGUCAAAAGUUCCGUGCUUUCUCGUUCAAGAAGUCAAAACCCGCCGAAUCGGAAAAGUCAACGACGACUCAGAAGAAAGAAAGUGUCGACAACAACAACAGAAGCCUAAACUUAAGGUUUAGAAUCGAAGACGAAGAGACAACAAGUUUCAGAAAAACGGCGACCACUGCUAGGUCACAAGUGAAAGACGACAUGGUGUUCGAGGACUCUUCUUCCCCUGUUUCAUCUUCCUCUUCCUCCAAGAGAUUCUUCAGUCUCAUAAAGCCUCUGUACACUAAAACAACCAAGAAACAGAGCAUCAACGGUGGUGUUUCGACAUCUCCGGCGUCUUCACCGGCGAGUAGAGAGAAACAGAGGAGUAGUAUUCCGGCGGGGAUUCGACGACAGCUUGGGAAGAGCCGGUCUGCUUCCGCGGCUGUCGGAGGAAUGUCUCCGGCGAACAGAGUCGAUGAUUCUCUACAGGUUCAACAAGAUGGGAUUCAAAGCGCGAUUCUUCACUGCAAGAAAUCGUUUCACGGCUCAAGAGAAUCUUCUCUGUUAUCACGUUCUACGAGUGAAUCUUCCUCACAAGAGAAACUCAGUACUUCGUCGUCUGAAGAUUCGUAUUUGUUUUCAAGGAUUGGAAGCGAUUCAAUGUCGGAGAAAUCAAUCGAUAGCUUGACUUCAAUCAAGGAACUGAGGGAGAAGAUUUGCGAUUAG